GCCGGCUUUGCGGCGGACGCGGCCCCGCCGCCCGGCAGCAGGAGGGGCCGGGCCGGGCCGGGCCUGCGCUCCGCUCCGCGCCGGGAGCCGCAGGCGGGGCGGCGGGGCGGCAGGCUGGAAGAGAUCACUGCUGUCUUUUAGGUUAACUGAGAUUAGGCACCAAGUUAAUUGCAGCUGUGCCUGCUCUUUGCCUCUCCCUGGGUCUGGCACACAGGUGUGGGAGCUCUUCACUGAUGUUGGCAGCUGAUUUCAUCCUUAAGGGCAAGGAGACUAUAGGAAACAGGUACUCUCCACCACUCUGAGCUUAUUUCAAAGAGGGACUGCAGCUCACUCGAUCAGUGGAUGUUAAGUCUCCCAUCUGCAGACGGGCUGGUUUGGUUCCUUUCUGCCACUAAGGCUUGUGAUUGGUGAAUUUAUUUUCCCCACCAUCUCUAAGUUAAUAGUGUGCCAAGGACAGACGUGAAGCAGCUCUUUUUCUGGGUAUUGAUGUGACGUCUUCUUAACGCAUCACGACGCCCCAGGCCCACUGCCAGCACAGGUGAUGGAGGCUCUUGAAGUUGAUGACAUUAGCCCAGCCUUGGAAGUGACUGAAGACUUUUUCAAUAGUUUUGAAACUAAGCUUGAAAAGAUCGUGCAGCCCUCAGAGGUGUACAGUGUACAGGACGUCCCUGAACUGGUCGGGCAGGAGGUAUUUGAUCAGAUAACAGAGAGCACAAAUCUGAGGAACGUUGCCUCCUUAGCCAAAAGUAGCCUCAUCUGGGAUCACUGCAAAAAUGGCCUCUUGGAAACCAAAGCUCAGACAGCGUUCCCUGGCAGAGACCAGCACGUGGUGCGGAGGGGAACAGCUGCUGACAACCUUGCCUGGGCUGGGGAACGGGAGACCGCGGCUUUUAACAUCUUCAAUAUCUGCCAGCGGAGGAGAGACAGGCCUCGCUCGGUGAACGACAUCCUGGUGCAGAAUGAGGAUGCCUCCACGUUCAAGCCAGGACACAACAGGUCACGCUCCGAUAUCAGCCACGUGAACUGGGGGAUGGUCUUCACAGGCACCUCCCUGCAGCAGCCCCCCAUGCCUGGCCGGGACAAUAACUGCGCCCUGCUCUCCUACCUUAUGUUAACCAAUGGAGAGGACAUCCAAGGAAACACAGAACACAAGCCAAUGUUCCCAAACAUUCUGAAGAAGGGAUACUUAGAAGUUAGAAGAGACAAUGACAGCUACUGGCAAACCUGUUAUGCUGAGCUCUCCCCAUACAAACUGUACUUGUAUUGCUUGGACAGCAGUGGCAACCAGACUCUUCCCACCAUGUAUCCACUCUUGCGUUUUCAAAGGGUCACUGUGACUGGUUGCAUUGAAACCAAGGUGGUGGACGCCAUCCUGUCAGACAACUCGCAGCUACAGCUGAAAGCGGAGUCCUCGUGGGAGGCUUUGGACUGGGGACAGACGCUCUGGGAGGCAGUGCGUACUUCUGUGCCUGCUUUCACGAGGCAGCAGGAGAAACUGGAGAAUGUGCCAAAGCCUGAAAAUAACAGUGACCUUUCCCAAACCAAUGGAUUGUUAGAGAAGCCCAUGGAGCUCUUCUUAUCCAUGAAUUUGACUGAAAACACUAAAGAGUACCAAAAUAUUCUCAAAUCAGGGACUCUUUACAGAUUAACUGUUCAGAAUAACUGGAAGGCAUUUACUUUUGUCUUGAACAGGUCUUAUCUCAUGGCAUUCCAACCGGGUAGGCUUGAUGAAGAUCCUCUGCUGAGCUACAAUGUUGAUGUGUGCCUGUCAGUCCAGACGGAUACUCAGGAUGGCUGUGACUCUUGCUUUCAGGUCAUUUUUCCUCAAGAUGUCCUCCGCCUGCGUGCAGAGACUCGUCAUAGGGCCCAGGAGUGGAUGGAGGCACUGAGAACAGCAGCCAAUGCUACUAGAACUUUAACUCAGAACCCACAGGUCACACUUAGGAACAAACCCGGAGAUCGGCCCUUUGGAAACGAUCUGAGAAAGAGCAAGCGCCAAUCUGUGACCACCAGCUUCCUGAGCAUCCUCACCACGCUGUCCCUAGAGAGAGGGCUUACUGUUCAGAGCUUCAGGUGUGCAGGCUGUCAGCGCUCCAUAGGCUUGUCCAAUGGGAAAGCCAAGGUGUGCAGCUACAGCGGGUGGUAUUACUGCAGCACCUGCCACGUGGAUGACAGCUUCCUCAUCCCUGCACGGCUGGUUCACAACUGGGACACUUCCAAAUACAAGGUGUCAAAGCAAGCCAAAGAGUUCCUGGAAUAUGUUUAUGAGGAGCCAUUGAUUGAUAUCCAGCAGGAAAAUCCCAUGUUGUACAACCAUGUGGAACCUCUGGCAACUGUCGUCCGCCUGAGACAGCAGCUAAAAUCUCUCCGAGCCUAUUUGUUCAGCUGCAGAGCAGCAGUGGCUGAAGAUCUGCGUAGAAGGAUCUUUCCCAGAGAGUAUCUUCUCCAGCAAAUCCAUCUUUAUUCUCUCGCAGACCUUCAGCAGGUUAUUGAAGGAAAGCUGGCACCUUUCUUGGGGAAGGUGAUCAAGUUUGCCACCUCUCAUGUGUACAGCUGCAGCCUUUGUAGUCAAAAGGGUUUCAUCUGUGAGAUCUGCAACAAUGGAGAAAUCCUUUACCCCUUUGAGGACAUUUCUACGAGCAGGUGUGAAAGCUGUGGUGCUGUCUUCCACUCUGAGUGCAAAGUGAAGGCGGUACCAUGCCCCAGGUGUGUGCGUAAAGAAUUGCAGAAGAAGCAGAAAUCCUUCUGGAGGCGACUGAAUAUGGAUGAAAACUUUGAAGAGUCUUGCAACAUGUUUGAGUUGUCUUAUCAGAACACUUGAGUUCCAGCUGCCAGCUCAAGCAACUUCUCUGCUUAGCCAGGCAGAAAUCUUUUUGCAAAAUAAUAUCUGACCUUCUUCAUCUGUGAAUAGCAGCUGCCAAAGUGGCCGUAAAGCCUUGUUGGCUUUGAAGUACCAAUGGCUAAACUGCAUCUUGCAUUGAAGUCUAGCUGCUGGCUCUCAUACAAUAUGUGGUUUACUUGAAAUGCUUUAGGUCCAGCUAAUUAAGCACCCAACUUUUCCACCUCUGGAGAAGACUUUUCCUCGAGGCAGAAAAUAUUUGCUUCCAUGACCAUGUUAUUUUUUAUAUUGUUCAUUUAGAAUUGAUGAAUCAUCUACUUAUUUAUGUGUAUUAUUUAUUUUUUAUUAGCCUUGGCAGAGCUUCUGGUGAGGUGUUUCACAGAACCCAAUAGGGCAGGAAUGGUUUUAAACUCACCUGCUCCUGAUGUGGACACGUCAUUCCAUUUCCUCAUGUUUCCAGAGAGCUUUUUUUAAAGGAUUAGUGCAUUUACAUGUCACUACUCUCUGAGGAAAGAAAAGUAUCUCCCAUCAAAUCUUAAUCAGGGUGCUUAAAACGUAAGAUGCAGAAUAAUUCCUUCAGCAAUGUUUAUAUAUUUAUAACCACUUCAGCGAACUCUUUGAUACAGAGAUAAGCAGGGGACUUGCUACUGGUUUUGUUCAGGCUGGGUCACUGAAGUCCAUUGAGUUUUAUGCUGGUUAUUCUUGAUGUAUGUGAGGCCACGUCCUCAUCUCCAGUAACAUGAGUUUGGUUCUGACCUCCUGCUGGUCUCAACGUUUCAAAAUAUUUUUAAGUGUCUGCAUUGGUUUUGGUUUUAUUUUGUGAAGUUUACUUUAAAUGUGUCUCUAACCUGAAGCUGUUAGACUGAUAGUCAGGGAAGUCAUCUUACCCACAUUAGUUAGAAAAUACCUCCAGUAUUGUGAAACACUAAUUUGCUGUGCUCAUGUGCAAUUUGUGUCCUGCAUUCUCUGCGAGCUCUAAGGGAUUUUUUACUUCUGUUGUCACUUCCAUGGUGGAGAGUGAAGUUCCUCAAGGUAUGGUUCUGCUCCACACACCUGGAACACAAAGGAGUAUUAAACACAGUAAAUUACAUAUUUUGUGAAAGGGGACAACGUGAUGGAUUUAACUGGAGAGCCGUGUGUUGUCACUGGCCGUAUGUUUGAUUCAUUGUGGCUUCACCUCCAGUGAGCACUUGGAGAUCCUGCUCCCUCCAGUCCACAUUCUUAACUCUUUUUCCAGACCCUGCAGUAAUGUAUGACAUACAUAUGAAAACAUUUGCAUAUAUAUACACAUCUAUAUACAGAAAGCAAAUAUGUUUUCAGGAGAAAAAAGCCAGUCACAUGCAUGUGUAUGUUUCUUCUCUUCUCACAUAGGUUUGCAAAAAUGCAGAAUACUGAUCUUUGCUUCCUUAUAUAAUCUGCAGGCUGUUGUAUUCAAGGCAGAAAGCAGUCUUGAUCAUUGAAGCACCUCACUAAUUGCUGAAGUAUUUUAAAUAAACGAACAGGGUAUGUCAUGCCUACAUUAAAAGGUAGAAUGCUGCAACAAAUUGCCUUGUACUGGAGCAUAAAUAGUUAGCUUUUCCAGCCUCCAGUCAAAGAAAGUAGCCGAAUCUGAGCUUUCUCAAAUUUGAGUGCAACUACUAUGUAUAUAGACGCAUGUUUAUAUCUGUGUACGUUAGACAACCAGUGCCUUUCUUUUCCAGAAGUCCUUCUUGCAGUGGGAUUCUUUGGAAGGAAGUGAGGGUUUUUCCAUGUUCUUGGCAAAGUAGCUUAGGGAUUCCCAUAUUUAAUAAACCUAGUGAAUCAUGUACCUUUGUCACUGACAUUAAUACUUCCCCCACACAGGGAUGUCUCUGCCUCCGCUCACUGUUCCUCAUGUGAAAGGAGUUGCUUUUGGCCAUCAUCCUUAAAGGUGGAAUGUUCCUUACAAGUCCAUUCCCACGUGAAGAAUUCCCUGCAGGUUCACAAAUGCAAACACUGGGGAAGGAUUGUGGAAUUAGUCAUGCAAACGGGUACUGGCUGAAUAAACAAUACGCUCCCACAUUUUGCAGCAUGUGUCACUACAACUAGUCCUGUGGCAAAGCCAGUAGCUCUGAAACUGUCUGAAUCUGGCAGAUAGUAUUUUGUAUUAGCUCUAGGCAUAAUUGGUGGGUCAUUAGAGAAAAAAAGAUGGUGUCUUUCAUAUCAUCAUGCUCUAGUAUUUAAGACACCUUAUAGCACUGGUUUGCUGUCCAGCUCAGUUUAGAGAAAGCUGCUUGUGUGUGCUGUCAAAAACCCCGUGGAGUCAAGGAAUUAAGGUUGCAAAUUGCAAAUGAUGAGUUACUUUGGCAGGUGUCCUGAUUGCCCAAGUACCAGUUGUGUGGGUGGCUAGGUAUGCUAGUUGAAUUCUGGAAUAACGAUAUAAAAGCAUUGGAGUUAUUCUGGGUUUGUAUGGAUAUUAUAGGACAGUUUCUUUGCUAACUGAGAUUUACAGAAAAAAAGAGUAUGAUGUCAGCGGAACUGCUGGAAUUAGUCAUGGGUCCAGAACUACUGACAUUACUAACAGCAGAGAGCAAAAGCGUGCUGGUAGCACCCAAAGCUUUACGUGAGGAUACUGUACAAUAUAGAACCGAUUAAUUUCUUUAAAAUCCGAUGUUGUCGUAAACAAGUCAGUUCCUAAAAUGGAAAAGUAAUAUAUCUUCUCACGGUAGCUAUAGGAGCAGACUGUAAUGUGGAAGAUGCUUUCCUCUCAGGGAUGCCUAGCUCCUAUCCAAAAAAAGUUACUCCAUAUGAACCAGUAAGAGAAAGUCUUCUGUCACUGCCUUUCGUAAGCAUGACAAAAGGCUUGAUCCUGCCCUCAGAAGGUACCAGUGAAGUAGGGACUGGGCCCUUUCCAGACUGCACAACUCACCCCCUCCACACACACAUGGGUGAAAUUACGUAUUAGUACGUAUUGGUACUUCUACUACUUAUCCUAGCCACACAUGAAGUAAAUUUGCAUUUCCUUGUGAAUCAAGAAUAAAACACACUGUUUGUAUCCACAGAGAAGGUGCUUUUGUAGCUGACAGAGGAGGAAUUAAUUGAUCUGUACAUCCAGUUACUGCUUUUGCUUGUACAGAACUUAUAAUCAGUGUAGAAAUAGGGUGCUUCACUGCAAUGGACUAUAGCCUGGCCCUCUGCAACUACUUAGAAACUUCCCAUCUUUAGUUAGUCUGAGAUUAUUUUAAUCUAGGACACUGUAGAGAUCCAUAUUCAAGUAUUUUUUCCUAUUUAUCCUGACCCUCUAACUUUCCUUUAAUGAGGAGAAGGACCUACUUAGGGGAUGCAAACCACAGCUGUUUUUUUAUAUUAUUAACCUAUAAAAA